AUGUUAAAGGUUGUUCCUAGUGAAUUGCAGUUUGGUGCCUUGGCGGUGAAUGAAACACCAGCGCACUGUCACUUUCGUGUAAUGAAUAUGGAUUCAUUAGUGCCUGUCUCUGUGCAGUUGACAGCCACAACAGUGCCGGCCGCCAUUCGAUUUCAGUUGUGGGAUGAAAAGUUACUUCAGUUGAUGGAAGAAGAAGAUGAUGAUAAUAAUACUAAUACUAAUACUAAUAAUAGUAGUAAUAGUAAUAGUAGUAGUAUGAGUAAUAAUAAUAAUAAUAAUAACCAUCACAGCUAUCCUAAUUCAUACAGUCUUCAAGGGUAUACACGGAGAUCUGGAGCUCUUUCUCUCUCCUACAAUGCCGUAUUUGAUAGUAUUAACAUUAUUGACAAAAUAGUACUUUUACCAUUAGAGGUAAAAGAUGUGGUGGCAAUCUUUCACGCAGAUCCCAUGCAAUUCUCUAAUGUCAUUCUGCAAGUACCACCCAUGAUGGUAAGUGGUGCUAUUCACUUAACUGCCACUUCACUACCAGUCUCUCCUACCGCUACCACUAUAUGGACAGAAGGAGAAGGAACUACACUUUUACCACCAGCCACUAUUACUAAUAAUACUAAUACUAAUACUAUUACUAUGAAUAGUAAUACUAAUAAUAGUAAUAGUAAUAGUAAUAGUAAUAAUAAUUCAGAGAAGAGGCAGGGGGAUAUUCCUAUGAAUACUAGUCCAACAACAGAUACGAGUAAUCCCAAUAAUCCUCAUCCUCAUCCUCAUCCUCAUCAUCAUGGUAAUAGUAGUAGUAAUAGUAAUAGUAAUAAUAAUAGUGUUAGUGGUAGUAUGAGUACGGCGAUGAUGAUGAUGAUGAUGACAAGCACAACAACAACUCAUAUGAAUAAUUAUGAAAAUAUGAAUGUGAGUAGUAGUGGGAAUAAUACACUUGUUAGUGCGCGUUCCCCACUUCUCGCCGCUGUGCGAUCCGAGACGGUAACACUUCCCUUCAGCGCGAGUGUUUUUCUCUCACUCCUCACAAUAGACAAAACAGAACUGCAAACCACCAUGGCCCCUAAUAAAACACAUUUAAUGGAUUUUACUAUCACCAAUGCCUCUGCCUUACCAUUACCGUUUGUUAUUCGUCUACGAACCAUUCCUCAAAAGAAUUUGGAACUCGCCGUGUAUGAAGAGGAAAAGUUUGAGGAACCAAAAAUGGGUAAAGUGUUGAUGUUAAAUAGUUAUGCCUCUAUGCACUUUACAUUGAUGCUCCGCACACAUGCGAGUUUGGCGGCGUUAACGGCGAAUGGUGGGGCCGUUCAUUUCCGUCCAGUUCUGCAAUGUGAUAAUUUACGCGAUGCGAGGAAUUCGGAGUUGUUGCCGGUGUGUGUUUCUGUGGUGGCCUCCGCAGCGGCCCGGGCGGAUCUCAUUUCAGUGGUGGAGCCGUUGUUGGAUUUUGGGGCUGUUUACCGCGGCACAAGAGUGGUGCGGAUCUUACAUCUCUGCAGUAAUAAUAAUAAUAGUAAUAAUACUACUACUACUAAUAGUAAUACUACUACUAAUAAUAAUAAUACUACUAGUAAUAGUAGUGGUGGGAAUACGACUACUACUACUACUGCUAAUAAUACUACUAAUACUACUAGUAAUAAUAAUAAUAAUAAUAAUAAUAAUAAUAAUAAUAAUAAUAAUAAUAAUAGUGGUAAUGGUAAUAACAAGAGUAAUGAUGGUAGUAGUAAUAGUAAUAAUAAUAAUAAUAAUAGUGGUGGGAAUGCCAAUAUGAAUACUACAACGGCUGUUACUGCUAUUACUACUUCUGGUAGUAAUAAUACUAUAGUUACUACUAAUACUAGUAGUAAUAAUAAUAGUAAUAAUAAUAAUCAUCAUCGUGGGGAGAGUGUGACGGUGCGUUUACUGAAUCCACGACCGCAGAACUGUGAGGGUGUACUGACACUUGUGAGGCUUGAGCGUAUUCCUAGUGAAAGUAGUAAUAAUAAUAAUAAUAGUGGUAAUGGUAGUAACAGCGGUAAUAAUACAAAUACAGGAACUACGGGAGUUGUGACGAAUGUUCCUACUACUACAGGUGGUAGUACUACAACUGUUGUGGAUACCGUUAUUGCAGCAACAACUACAACUACAACUAUUGGUGUUGGUGGUGAUAGUAGUAAUAGUAAUAGUAAUAACAAGAAUGAUAAGAAUAAUAAUUCUACUACCCCUUAUCAUAAUAACAUGGAUGGUGGUAGUAGUGGUGGUGGGAGUAGAAGUAAUAGUACCAGUAGCAGUCAAAGUAGUACUAGUGACACCAAUCCCAGCAAUAAUAAUAAUAAUAACAAUAAGGAUAAUAAUAAUAAUAAUAAUAAUAAGACUAAUAAGAAUAAAAGCAAAAGAAACAAACGCAAUAAAGACAAGAAGAGCAAUCAUAACAAUAAGAACAACAAUAAUACUAAUAAUACUACUACUACUACUAAUAAUAACAACAGCGUUGCUAUUGGUGGUGAGACAGGUGGGUUUAAUGUAGUUGCAGUGGAUGAAUUGGUGAUUAUACCGCAAAAAACACCUGUGCCUGUGGCUAUUAUGUAUACUCCAUCUACAGACCGAGAAUGUAAAGGCACAUCAAACCUCAGAUUUGAACUUGAGCUUGUGGUUACAGCAAGUGGAAAUAGUAAGAGUAGUCAUAAUAACAGUAGCAAUACUAAUAAUAAUAAUAGUGGUAAUAAUAAUAAUAAUAAUACUAACAACAGCAACGACAAUAUGAAUAGAACGACUAGUACUGUUCUUGCUACUGGUACUAGUGCUACGACUAUUACUACUACUACUACUACUAAUAAUAAUAAUAAUAAUAAUAAUAAUGCUAACAAUACCAGUAUUAACAAUAGUAAUAAUAAUAACAAUAAUAUUAAUAAUAAUAGUAGUAGACAACAACAACGUGUGGUGGUGCGGUGUGUGGCGGCUCUCUUCACCAGUACCAUUGUGGCUUCCCAAACAAACAUAAACUUUGGUGAUUGUCAAGUAGGACAAAGUGGUCGUUAUACCUUUUCUAUUGAAAACCCUUCACCUUUACCUACCACUGUACAUAUACAACUGCGAAGUAAAAUUGUCUCUAUUGAGGGUGUCCAGCCACGGCCAGCGGCUACAGGUGGAAGAGAAACUGUAGAGGAUUUCUCUAUUGCCCCACAUAGUAGUUUACCCCUCACAUUACGUAUUACCCCACAACGUGUAAAUCCCACAUACCGUAAACAAUUAACUAUUGUCAAUGUAUCGAAUCCAGCAGAAGAUCGUCUUAUUAUAAAUAUUGAGGCAAAUAACAUGGCACCCAGUGAGGCAAAACUACAUAAUGAACUCUACACAUGUGAAUGUAAACCCCCUUGUGAUGAUGGUGGAAGUAGUAAUAGUAAUAGUAAUAGUAGUAAUGGCGGUGGGAGUAAUAACAGUGGGGGUGGAGUGGUAGUCGUAGGAGGAGGUGUAGGCAGUCAUCAUCAUCAUAAUAGUAGUAGAAGUCUCACCUCUCCACUCUGUGCUAUUUUAAAUGUUCCUCUUAUUGUCGCCUACACUUUAUAUUCAAAAGUGGAUUAUCCAUUGGUAUUACAACUGGAAAGCACAAGUGUAGAGAUUACAACCUUUUAUUUGGAAGGAAUGAUGGCCGCAGAGUUUGAGGCACUCGCGGCGGAAUUACGUUCGUAUUGUAGUUGUAGUGGAGAUACCAAUAUACUUCUUCAGGAACAACAGCAACAACAACAACAAUCGUCAACAUCAUCACCAUCACCAUCACCACAACAAAAAAGCCAACAACAACAACAACAACAAUCUCAACAACAACAACAACAAGAACAACAACAAGGGCAAUCACAACAACAAGAACAAGAAGGACAACAACAACAACAACAACAGGGACAGUUAACACCAAUGUCAUCACCGCAUCCACAACAACAAACACAACAAGGACAAGGACUAUCACAACUCCCACCAUCACAACAAUCUCAACAACAACAACAGGAACAACAACAACAACAACAAGGGCAAUCACAACAGGGACAAUCACAACAACAGGGACAAUCACAACAACAGCAAGGACAAGUACAACAACAUCAACAACAACAACAAAUGCAAAUGCAGUUACUUGAACGUGCAGAGGAGGUGCGGGAUCGAGUUACGAAGGCUCUUCGUCAACAUGCUAUCACUACAAGAAGUAUUACACUUGAACCACGUAGUAGUCGCACUGUGUAUGUGCAGAUCUACCGCACAACUGGUAGUAGUGGAGAUACCGUAACGAAAGAAGAUGGUGUCAAUAUCGCCGUGGAAGGAAUUGAGGUUCCACGGUUUAUGCGACUUUCUUAUCGACUGUGUGCCACACGUUUUGAACUCAGUGGACAGAGAACAAAGAACUUUGGGGAAGUAAACAUUGGGGAACGUAAAACGACAAAACUGCCUAUUGUGAACCAAUGUAAUUCUCUCUUAUUACUACGUUUAACCAAAUCAAGAUCUGUGGCGGCGGGUUAUUUUCGAAUGGAAAACUCAGAUCGAAAUUCCAUCUAUUGCCGUAUUCGUCCAUACGCUACGAAGGAAAUAGAAUUAUCCUUUUGUCCAGGUAUUAAAGGAACUGUUGGAGAGCGUAUUCAAAUCACUAACGUUCUGGAUCCAUCAAAUGAAGUGACAAUGACAGUAAAGGCAACCGUUACAAAAGCAGAGACAUUUGAUAUCAGCCCACAUUCAUGGAGUUUCGGAGUUGUUAACGUCCCAUUAUUAUUACAACAACAACAUCAUCAUCAUCAGUGUAUGAAUAGCAACACAGUUAAUCCUGCAAUGAUAACAACAGGCACAACAGUAAUGGGAGCUCGUGAAGAUAAUGGACCAUUAGUGGCCCGCGUAGGUGCACGUUUUACCGUAUCCAACACCAGCAGUUCACGUCGAGCAUUACGACUUAAACUCGAUAUCCCUAUGCAUAUACAUAAUAGUAAUGUUGGUGGUGGUGGUACUGGUAGUAAUAACACCAGUAGUCUCAGUGUGCCGAGUGUAGAAGCCGUUGCGGGGCCUGUUGAUCGUUUCUUUAAGUUUGAAGGUGUAGAUGUACGUAUGCAAUUAGAAAUGGAACAUGGUGGGUCAAGUUCUGGAUCUUCUCGUAAACUAGAGGAGAAAAUUGAGAAACUUGAACAAAAACUAAAGAUUUAUCAUCGUAAGAAUAAAACGGAUAAAGUGGCAGCGGCAAUGCGACAAAUUGAGGCACUUAAACGGGCUCUUAUGGGAGAAGAAGUGGAUCUCAAUGCUACCUCGCAACAAGAAGGAACAAUGGGUAAUAAUAACAAUAAUAAUGAAUCCCAACAAUCCCAACCACAACGUUUUAUUGAACUCUCAGAAAGUGAGGAUGAAAAGGCACAAGUAAAGCCUAAAGGGCGUUCAUUACAACAUCCGGAAUUACUUUCUCUACUUCUUCGUGAUGGUGUUGCAUUACCUGAAAUGAAUGCGGGAGAGUCUGUUAUUUUAUUGCUUGGUUUAACCUGUAUGCGAACAGCGGAGUGGAUUCCAGCCUCACAGAGUGGAAGUAUUACUUUUCUAUUAUAUGAAACGAAAGAUACAGAAGCCAAUCGUCUUAUUCCUGUUGAUAUUACACUUGUACGUGCGGAAGGUGGAUCUGAUGGGGAAACUCCAGGAGCUCCAGGAGUAUCCACUGGAUUAGAUGUACAAAUUAUAGGUUCACAACAACCAUCACAACAACAACAACAACAACAAGCAUCACGAUAUGCUUUGGAAUCAUUAUCUCAUUCACCUUCUGGAGAUGGUGUAUUAUCAUUUGGAUCCCAACCGUCUCCUUUACCAGUCAUUUCAGCAGCUCCAUCACGUAUUGCAUUGGAGUGUGGGGAUGGUGUGGUGUCUGCUUCUUUUAUGGGAUGUCCAAUGACGAUUGUGGGAAAUUGUAUGGUACAGGAAACCUUUAGAUUCUCUAUUGUUAUCGUAGCGACAGGGGAAACUUCUGUUGUUGUGUUAGAACCCAUUCGCUGUUGUGAAAGAGGUGGAGUAAAUAAUAGUGGUAGCAAUAAUGCUAAUGGAGGAGGAGGAGUAGGAGGUAAUGGUAGUGGUGGUAAUAAUAACAAUAAUAAUAAUAAUAAUAAUAAUAAUAAUAAUAAUAAUAAUAUCAAUAAUGCGAAUAUAAACAAUUCUGGAAUAGCUACAAAUGGAUUAUUUUUCUCAUCAUUACCGUAUUCAUCCGUAAUACCAAGUACAUUAGAUGCCCACUUUAAAUUUACACCACGUAAUGGUGUAGUGCGUGCGGAUGAAUCCCUAUCUAUUACAGUAGAGUGUACUCCAUACAAUAUUGGACUCCAACGUUAUUUUAUUCCUGUAAAGAAUUUACAACAAACAGGGGAAAUAAAAUAUAUGGUAGUAGAGGUAAAUCCUAUUAUGGAAGAAAAAGGAGAUGGUGAACAGCAGCAACCUUUCUUUUUACAAGCUUCACCUCAAGAAUUACUUUUACCAGAUAUUAUCUUACCAUGUGAUGAAACUCGACUGGAAGUGCAAUCCUUCUUACUACGUAGUCGUCUAACAGUACCACAUGCAUUACUUGUACGUUCAAAUCGUCCAUCGCUUGUGGCUCUCUUUAUGGAUGCGAAAUGUACAAUACCACUUGUAAAUCCCAUUCAACGUAUAUUGGGAAAUGAGAAAAUUCGCAUUUAUGUUCGUUUUCAUCCUUGUGAACGUACACGACGACAUGUGAGUCGUAUUGUGACAGCUGGUAUUCUCAUUGAAGCUAUUGCAGCUAUUUCUCAUACCCAUGGUAACCACACUAAUAAUAAUAAUAAUAAUAAUAAUAAUAAUAAUAAUAGUGGUACUACCGCCGGUAUGAAUGCGGGUGUUGGAAGUAAUACUAAUAUAUCUACAUCUACAACAAUGGGAGUAGAUAUGAACAGUGAACGUGGAGGUAGUCACUAUACGGUUCUCGCACAAACUACGGUACGUGUAUCUGCUCGUAUUGGCAGUGGUGAAUUACGACUAUGUGAAUCCCAUUUGGAUCUCGGUAGUGUUGCCCCACACAUACGUGUGGCCCACGCCACUUUACAAAUUGUAAAUCCCUCUGAUCACUUCACCGUACGUGCACGAGUAUCGGCGGGAAUAACACAUACACAGAUUGAGAAAACAGAACUCACACUUGUGCCUGGUGGAGUUGUGGAAGUACCUUUUACCAUGCAACUCACCGCUCCUGGAUUAUUACGAGAGUCAUUAACUGUAUUUAAUCUCAGUUGUAAACAAAAACCACUCACAGCGGAUGUCUCUGUAUUACGACAUGAUGAAGCCAUAUCCGCCGUUGUUGUGGAAGAAGGAGAAGUUCAACAAGAAGUAGAUGAUAAUAAUAAUGAUAAUGAUAAUAAUGAUGAUAAGGAUGAUAAAGAGCAUGAGAGAAGAAGGAUAACCCAACGACGAAAUGAUAAAACUGAACAUCCACUUCACCCACAACCAUUAUGUAGAAGUAUAAGUGAUGGAAGUACGGCAUCUCUUCAACAAACACCCAUUGUUGUUCUUCCCAUAGCGGCUGUUGUUCUCGGCGAGGAUGGUCUCUUUCGACUCCACACACCCGUUACGAGUACAGCCCUGCAGGUAACUAAUCACAGUCCAUGGGAUAUCAUUCUCGUCGCGAAGAGUAAUACUCCACUCUUCUUUGGAUUACCAGAUCCAUCAUCAUCAUCAUCAUCAGGAACAGCAGCAGCAGCAGGAGGAGGAGGAGGAAGUAUAUCCAUCACUCCUCCACAAACAGCACCACUUCCACUACCACCAUCCGCAUCUACAUCUACAGCAGUUCCAGUUCCACAACUACACGCAGAGGAUACUGUUUCUCCUACAAUCUCAACAACAACAACAACAACAACAACAACAACAACAACACCGGGAGUAACAGGAACAAACUUAUCACAACACGCAUAUCCACGUGGUCGUGUACGAUUAGAGGCAAGUCACACAGAGGCAGUCGCAUGGACACUCACAGCAGCUCCUCAACUGAAACCACAGGAAGUGAAACGACUGGAACAAUAUGAACUGGUUACAGUGGAGGCAACAGCAGAAGUGUAUGUGGCUCAGAUCACAGAUGAAGCUGUGGCGUAUAACUAUAAUGCCAUGGUUUUCCCAGCCAAACGAGUAUUACCAAAGGUUGGACAAUGUGUAUUGUUACCAAGGUUUCUAUUAAGAUUCGCAUUAAGUGAAGGACGAGCGGAACCAGCACAGAUUGAUCUUGGUGUGGUUGGUAUUCAAAAGAACAUUGGAUCUGUAAAUAAUGGUGAAGAUGAGGGAUUACCGUACUAUUAUGAGGGAAAUACAAGAAUUACAACUGCGAUAGGUAAUAAUACUACUAAUACUAAUAAUACUACGCAUUCUAUCAAUCCCUCCGUAUCACGCUGGAUGUAUGGUGGUAAUGGUAGAAACAACAGUACUAAAAGUACACCAGCAACAAUACACUUAACCAAUAUGUCUCCUUUUUUACCAUUACGUUUAAGUAUAGAGUGUGCACCUACUGUACGUUUUAUGAGUAAUCGUCUUGUGGUUCCACCAUUGCAAACCGUUACUGUAGAGGCAUUUCUUGAAUUAAAACUUAUUCGUUCACAAGGUCCAUUCCGUUUUGCUGUUUUCUUUGUAAAUGAACUAAAUCCUGAAAAUGAUAUGGUUGUGUAUAUAACAGGACAACACUAUGUGAAGGUUUUUGAACUUUCUUGUGAUGGUGUUAUGGAUGAUGUACGGGAUUCCCUCUCUAUGGCCCCUUUACGUGUAAAGGAUAUUUCUGCCUUUACAGAUGCGGAUAGAAAUAUAUCUACUACACCUCAAAUCUUAUCAGAGAGUAAAAUUACAGUAACGGCAACAGAGCCCAGUGUUGCAGAGGUCUGUUUGCGGGUUACCGAGAAUCCAAAAUUAGAGGGAUUGAUUCAAUUACAGGCACUACAGUAUGAUGCCGCUGCGGCUAUACAAAAAAUUGUUUUUGGACCUGCCAAACAUGCAACCACAAAUAAUAUGAAUAUACCUAUGAAUAAUAAUGUUGGUAAUAAUAGCUGCAAUACGAACAAUAUGAAUAUGAAUAAUAAUAACAAUAACAAUAACAAUGGAUCUUUUUCUACUGCUACUUUAGCAAGUAUUCCAAGUGUUGGAUUAUCUGCUGUUACGACCACUACGAAUACCACUACGACGACUACAAAUACAAAUACAAAUGCGAAUACCACAACUGGAAUGGGAAGUAUUGUAAACAGUACAAACACUGGAGGAGUAUUAGGAGUUGUUGGAACUUCCACCGCUUCCCCUGCAGUGAAUGCAGUAACCACAGGAACUCCUGCAAUGGAAUCUCUGGUAGCUCCACUACGACAACGCGAACAACAAUAUUUUCGUCUACGUUGUAUGUUGAUAAAGGAAGACUUGGUGUCCCUUGCAAAUGCCUUCUUUGGUCAACGAAAAAGUAAACGUGUCGAUAUUUGCCGUGAACGACAGGCAUUAACACUGGAUAAAUUAUCCGAUGUGGAACGACGACGUGGAAUGAGUUCCCCAACCAUGUGGCUUGGAACUCUCUUCUUUUCUAAUGCCUUAACCGGCGGUGAAGAGGAGGUGCAGGUGUUUAGUACAUUAUCAUCAUUUCAAACCUUUACAGUAUCCUCAAAAUUAACAUUACGACCCCAUCGAACGACAAGAAUGACAACAACAACGGCAGCAGCAGUAAGUGUAGGAACUCCUCGAUUGUUGUUAACAUCAUCCUCAUCUCCAGUACUACCAUCAUCAUCAUCAUCAUCAUCAUCAUCAUCUUUUUUAUCAUCUAUACUAUUAUGUGGUCAACAAAUAACGCUAUCCACUACCCCACUAUCACAAAUAUAUGUAGGGGAAUUAGUGAUAUCCAAUCCAUGUAUUUCUCAUACCGUGACUCUUUCCGUUACGGCAGUGAAGGAUCGUCUCUAUCAUGAUAGUGUGUCGAUUUGGUGUCUUUCACUAGAUGAUCUAUCCAACACACCGUUAUCACCAUCACGACGACAACAACAACAACAACAACAACAACAAGAAUCACCUGCAUCUGCAAAGAUAUCAUUAUCAGUAUCACGUAGUAGAGAACGAGUUAAUCCCACACCUUUGCCGAAUAAUGAGAAUGAGACGAGCAGCGCAACGAAUACGGAAACUUCUAUUGGUAUGACCACCACUACUACUACUAUUACUACUACUACUACUACUACUACUAAUAAUAAUAAUAAUAAUAAUAAUAAUAAUAACCGAGAUGUAUCAUUCUCAGCAUCAUCACCACCACUGUCAGUACCAACACCAACCGCUACUACUAAUACUACUACUACUACUAAUGAGACAACCGAUAAUAUGGAAGGGGCAAUUGUGUUUCUUUCGAUUCCACCACAAUCUACACAACGAAUACAUGUGGUAUUGCGUGUAGAGAUGGGCCGUUAUCCAUCCAAUGUGGAACAAACCAUGGCAUUAGCCCUCUUUGAUGAAAGUGUACCGUGUAGUGCGGCCGUCGUUCGCAUGACACUAGUUCCUAUAGAAGAGGUGACCCAUGAAGAAGAGGAAGAAGAAGAACAUCAUCAUCAUCAUCAUCGCCAUCAUCAUAAUAAUAAUCAACAACAACAACAACAACCAUUGGCUUCACGUGGUUCUAUGCGGCAAUUGGAUUUAGAGAUAUACCGAGAGAAUACAAAGGAUGGGGAUAGAAUCAUUGAAACUACCACUACCACCACAAGAGCCGCAUCUCCUCUUGCCGUAGCGAAUGUCAGUGGUACUGGAGGUAUAUUAACUACUACUAUUAAUACUAAUCCUACUAAUAAUAAUAAUGCUACUAUGACUACUACUACUACUAAUAUGAAUACGACUAGUGGAGGUGGAUUAAUGACGGUAUUACACUCACAUGAUAUUUCUCAACUUCCAUCCACACCAUCGCGUGUAUUAACAUUACAUGGUAAUUGUCAACCUGUACCCGACUGCAGUGGUGCAUAUGCAAGUAGUUUCUCCUUUGCAAAGGAUUCCCCACCCGCAACAGAGAUUACUAUCCGUAAUAAUCUCACAGACUCUGUAGUGGAGUAUAAUGUAGUAGUCGUCUCACAAGGACCAAAACCAUGGUUAUUAUUACCAAGUGCAACAGCAGUACUGGAGCCAGGAGAGACACAACCAUUGAGACUUAAUAUUCUCUCUACAGAGCCUGGAUCCUUUGUGGGGUAUGUGAAUAUCUUUAAUAAUGCGGUACCAAGUGAGAUGCUAUUACUACAAGUGAAUGCAGAUGUGUUUGUACCAACAUCAGGUGAAGGAUUAUUUGAGAUUCUCGCCUCUAACGGAGAACGUAUACCAGCGAAUGCGGAACGGCAAGUAUUUGUUGGACGACUUUUCGGUGAUAACUCUGUGCGAACCUAUACAGCCUUUGAAAUUGUUAAUCAUUCCUCUGCCCCAUUAGAGUUUCCUGUUGCGGUGGUAAAACCUUUCCGUAUAGAGUUUAAUAAGGUACCAACUGAAGAUGAUACGAUUGGAUUUAUCGCCCCAACAGAAACUAAUUUUGAUGUAACUCCCAACUCUAAUACGAACAAUAGUGUGAGUAGUAACAAGAUGAAUAAUAAUAAUAAUAAUAAUAAUAAUAGUAGUGGUAGUGGUACAGAUAUGAUGACGCAGGCUAGAGAUAAUAAUAAUAACAAUAACAGCAGCAGCAGUGGAGGAAUGCCAUUGCGGAGUCCAGAAGGUGUUGGGAAUGGAAGGAAUAAACAACAACAACAACAACAACAACAACAACGUAAACGAAGUGGUGGUCAUAGUAAUAUUAUAGACAAUCGUCCUCUCUGUGAUGUACGGUUGUUAUUAUGUCAUCUCAACUGUGUACCCGCUAUGCGUGGACAAAAGUGUUUUGUUGUGGAUCCCCAAUCCCGCGUGAAGGUGGCUUUUCUUCUUGUAUGUGAUCAACUUCAUCUUCCCAGUGGUUUGGCUGCCUGUGGAGAGGCAGCAGUUGUAUUAAAAUGUAAACAAGCACGAGAUGCACGAUUUGUUUUUCGAGCUCGUUUUGAAGUUUGUCGUUCAUCUAUGGAUGUAGAGAGACGAGUAUUCUUUAGUGCGGCAGACGACUAUACACAACAGAUCUCUAUAAGGAAUUUACGAUCACGUGAGAUACGAGUAACAUAUCGUACCUUAUCGCCUAUUCUAGAUAUUAUUGUAAAUGAUAAGGAUAAGGCACCUCCACUAUUACAAUCACCAUCACGACGAGAUAAUAAUAAUAAUAAUAAUAAUAAUAAUAAUAAUAAUAAUAAUAAUAAUAAUAAUAAUAAUAGUAGUAACAAUAAUAAUAAUAAUACUAUUAGUAUUGAAGUUGGUGCAUCUGCAGUUAUUUCUGUACGACUGAAUAUUGAACGUUUUGCGGCUUUACGUAAUUGGGGAAAUCUAAGUGAUCUCACCGCUGCUCUUCCAACCAUAUGUGAACAUUUAGUUUUAUUAAAUGAACGUAAUCCAAGUGAACAUGUACGGGUAGAGUUAUGUCAUCUUCCACCAAAUGUCUCUCCUCUCACCAGAUUACCCAUGUGUUCUGUUUUACCUACCACAGCCUCUUUGGCCUCUACUGCACAGUCAUUUAUGAGAGGUGUUAAAGUGGGAAAACCUUAUUUUAGUGAAGAACGACUUUUUCAAUUUGUUCAACGUUUUUGGUGUGUUCUUUCAGAGGCUUCCGAUGUAUUGAUAACAGAGUUUCAAUACUACAUUGCACCAAGAGGAAUUGAACUUCCUGCGAGUUUGAGUUCCAUGAUUGCAAAUAAUAAUAAAAAUACUAUUAUUACUACUAAUACUAAUAAUAAUAAUAAUAGUAGUGGUAAGGAUAAUAAUAAUAAUAGCAAUAGUAAAAGCUAUAAUAGUAACAGCAACAGUUACAGUAAUUUAGGUGGUAGUAUUAAUAGUGGUGGAUCCAUUACCUCUUGUUGGAAAGCCCUACACAGUCUGUUGGUGGAUCUCACUUGGUUAGUGGAUGAAUUACUUCUUUGUUCGAUUCUUCUUCAGAACGCACGUUCAAUUGAGGCGUAUAGUGUUUUCCUUGCGGAAUCUAUUACCAAUCAUCCUUUUCUCUGUACAUGGCGACAACAAAAGGCGAAUCUCCCUUCCACAUGCAUCUUUGCAGUGUUUGGACAAUACUUGGAGACUAUUGAUGCCUUACCUUGCCCAACACCAUCCACUGAUUGA